AUGUCAACGCAGGACUACCAUUCCGCAUCUACCGAGACAUCACCCCUCCAAGAAUCACCCGCUUGCAAACAUACUAUCGACCUCUCCACAACCUAUCAUAAUUGGACUUAUGUGCCUGACAGACCCCUUGGAAGACCCCAUACAUGGUCAUUCACAACGUACAUACCUACCGAGCACAACUCUGCCGAGAAGAUACAAGCUUUUCAGAGAUUAUCAACGGCUUUGAAAGAUGAUCAAGGCAAUAUCAACUUCGAAAAUCAAUUUCACUGUGUACUCCGAGCUUCUGACGGUGCAGAGAAUGGCGAGUGGGAAGCGUAUAUUAGUGAGAAAGGCCUGAGAAAUGGAAGUACAGAACCACUAGUACUGUUCAGCGGAGAAUCUUCUUAUGGCCCCCAUAGUAUAAAGCAUAUCGCAAUCAGUCCCCAGAAGAGGAAAAAGAUGCUUGAUCUCAUGUUGAAAACUAACAGCUCAGCAAAUAAGACUCGUCAAAUAUACUUGAAAAAUUCAGAUCUGGGUCUUUCCGAUAAUAAUGAUAAGGAAGUCUCCGUGGAUAUAUCGUUCAAGACACCCUUGCUUUAUUGCAGAAAUCCAUCCGAAAGAAGAACCUUCGUGGCUCUGACCACCAAAGCACCUCGAGAAGGCGGAUGGCCAGCUGGUAAAGGUGAAGACUCGAAAGAUUGGACAGGGGAGCUGAGAUGGUGGGAGGUAGCGGGUCCUACUACGGAUGAGGUUGACGAAAUAGAGAAACGAUAA